AUGCCGGUGCCGGUGGCCGCGGCCGCUCCGCGGCGGGGCCGGGCAGGUCGCCCCGAGAGCAGGCGGGGGCUGCGGGCGAGCGGCGGACCCCCGGCUGCCCGAGCCGCCCUCGGCCCCGGCGGCCCACGGGGCUCCGAGUUUCCACGGGGCGCGGAAACACAGAAACAGCAGCUGCAACCUGGAGCCAGCCAUCUCUUAAAGACACAGCUCCCCAAGCCCGGCUCCGGCCGGGCCCGCAGCCGCCGCUCCGCCGGGCCCGGGGCGCGGGGUGCGCUCUGCCCCGGGGGCUCCGCGCCCAGCCCCGGGCACGGCCGCCCUCGGCCCCACUCGGGGUUGCGGGGAUCCCCCCGAGCCGCCGGGCAGAGCUGGGCCUGGGGUCCCCUCCCAGCCACUCGGCCCCCCCUGGAGACCCCCUCCGUUCUGCUGCCGCGGGAGCGACCCUGCCCGGCCCGCGGCGCCCCUCCACCUGCCGCGGGCGCUGCUUGGCCGGGAGCCUCGGCAGGAGCGGAGCCUCGGAGCGAUGGUCCCAGCCCGGCACAGCCUGAGCGCUCGGGCAUCGCCGCCGCCCUCCCGGCUCCCCCGGGCUCCGGGGCGGUCAAUGCCUCUUUCACCAGCGCUUCCCCACUUCCCCUAAAAGCAUCACCUUGCCAGCUCCCUUCCUCCCACCAGCUGCCAGGAAAAAAAAUUAGGGCAAGGACAGGGAGCGAGAGCAAAACCAAUGAACUUGUUUCCAGCUUUUCCUUCGGAUCAGCCGUCCAGCACCGGGAGAAAAACAUUUCUCCUGUAAAAACCUCCCCUCUCCGUGCAGGCUCCCAUCCCGCCGUCCCGGGGACACGCUGGACACUCGGUCUCAGCUCGGCAGCAGAAGACACCGUGUUCUGGAUUGUUCGCUUCCCGACCCCUCUGCUGCACCCCAAUGGAGCCCCGAGGGUACACGGAGCCGGCGACAGCAGCUGCCCGGGCACCCUGACCCUGGCACGGGUGGGCACAGUUCGGCCUCGCGUGGCACCCACCCGUGCCGCAGCAGGGCUCGGUGCCAGCGCAGUGAGAGCGGCCGGCAUCGCCGUGGGGAGCAGCAAUGUCUCCUGGCGGAGUCACGGCCCGCCCUGCAGGACACGAGCACCCCAGGCCUGCGCUGCUCCCGGAGCUGACGGAUGUAUUUAUGGAUUGGGUGGAAAACCAGAAGGAUUGGUCAAACAUCCCACAGGCCCCAGGCCUGCCCCUGCCCGCGGCUCGGACACGUCGCAGACACGCCUGAGGGCCUGGGAAUGGCCAGCCAUGGGGACAGCCAUGGGGACAGCCAUGGGGACAGCCUGGGGGGACACGGCUCACAGGGGUGGGCUGCCCUGGUGAGGACGGCAGCCAUGAACCCACUCGCCAUGCAAGCCCCCCUCAGCCACAAACCUCUCUGGCCAUGAUCCCUUGUCCAUGAGCCCCCUGGCGAUGCUGCCCCCGGCAACCCUUGGCCAUAUUGCCGCAAACCAUAACCCCUCUCCAUCCCAUUGCCCACCCACCCAGGGCACCGUGGGGACCCGCCCGUGUGCCGCGGGGAUGCCCUGGAGCAUCCUCGGGAGGGGUCCCAGGGUGUCCCCGCUCUCUCACCCCCCAGCCAUGGGCUCUGCGCGGCUCUGCACCGAUUUCGGUUCUAUUUAAGGCA